AUGCACCAGCCGACCUUCAACGGCGUCGCUCUGUGGCGACUCGUGCACAAAGGAGUGGCAGGAAAUUGGGACAAGCUCAUCGAGAUCCAAGGCCCCUACGACGAAUGCCGUGGCACCCAACUCAUCCUCACCUCAGCUCUUGGCCAGAUAUUUGCAAUGAUGUCAGGGCACCCCGACCUCGAAAGCACUGCUCAUGUCUUUCACGGCAAUGGGUUCCGAUGGGCCAAGCUGGCUGGCAUCUUUGACCUUGACCUAAGGGAGCGACCGCUUCCUUCCGGUGUCAACGAGGUCGAAACGGAGCGGGCAUGGGCGCAAUGGGCUGCCCGGGAAACACAAAAGCGCGCUCUGCUCGCACACUACAUUAUCGACGGCCUGUUAAUGUCAAUGGGCGACAGCGGAACCUCGACCAAGCACAUGCUCAACCCCUUCCUCGUGGCAGCCGAUGACCACCUCUUCAUGGCCUCAACGGCCGCGUCUUGGCGCACCCAGUAUCGAUCCAGUAGCACCAGCACGACUAUUGCUGAUGUCUACCGCGAUCUCUUCUGUCCAGAUGAGCGUGUGAUCCAACUUCCGCCAUCGUCACCUUUCACCGCCCAAACCGUGCUCGAGGGCCUGCACUCCCUCAUCAUGGACUUGGAGGAAAGCCAGGCGCUAUCUUCACUGCCAGUCGGAUGCGUGGAGAUGCCGGACAUUGCGCGAGCCUUGGACCGUUUCUACCAGCUCUACCUUGAUGAUGCGCCAAACACCCUUGUUCUCGGCGCUCGUCACGCAGACUGGUUCAGUCUUCCCUGUGGGCGCCGUGCACUCUUGCACGCCAACGCCAUCCGCCUUGUGGCCGCCCGCCUUCCCAUCGCCGCCGCCGACAUGCCUCAUUUCAGCCUGCCGGUGUCCCUCUAUGAUGCUGCAAAGGUCUUCCUCCGCCACCUGGCCAGUACUGCGCUCGGGUCACCGAACGCCACUGCCGUCCGUCUUGAGGAGCCGACGGACUGGGCCUUGCUAGGGACCACUGGAUUGGUCAGCCGUCCCGGGCCGGGGGGACCAGACGGCCGUGGCGCAGACGCCGCGACAUCCGGAAUUCGCCAGGGCACCAUACGUAGUGACGCUGCAGGCGCCAGAGUGUUGAGCUCCGACCAGUGGGCGUCCUUUGUGGAGAACAGCGGCACCUUCCCGGUCCUCGUGGGCUUCUGGGCGUGA